AUGCCUCCUCUGUCGGCAUACACUUCGUUUGAGUCCCUCCUGUUCUUUCAGUCUUUAGCGACUUCGGAUACCCGACCGACAAGCUUCGGAACUAUAUCAUCCCUCCUGCGCAACAACCAGCUUGUGCGCGAGAAUGUCGAUUUUGAUGCCGAUCGCCUGACCCCGGAGGCGCUGGAAGAUCUCUAUGCGACAUUGAUGCGCGAUGGAUUCAGCCGUGGUGCGCCCUUGCCUAAUGGACGUUCCUCAGACACUUCUAGUCCCCCUAAUUCGAAGAAACGAAAAAUCUCCAGUCCGCGACCAGAUGGAUUGACCGGAUUCACCCAUGCCACACUCGUCCCAGAGCUAGUGACACAUCUUUACGCCAAAUACAGAGAUCUAGUCACGAGGGAAAUUAGGGAGGAUGAGAGAAAAUACACAGAAAUCCGGGCUGAGCUAGAACGGUUACAGCAGGAGGACGCCAAAUCAGCCGCUGCAGCAGCUACGGCACCCACGCCGGUGAAGCCGAUGCCUAUUGAGGUGAAGGAUGCUGGUCUAAAGGAAGAGACGUCGCGUCCACAUGUACAAGAUCUGACUAGUCAACCUCCUGCGACAACCGCCCCGCUCGCCCAAGACACCGCGAUGCCCGAACCACAGCACAUCGCAGUAAAUGUGCCCCCUACGACAACCGAGCCUCCGAAAACACACGUCCCUCCUGUGACCCAACCUCAAGCUCCAAUUCCCCAAGCGCAAGCGCCAACGCCCAAGCCGCAAGACAUAGCUGGACAAGUACCUCAACCGCAGCCUACCACCACUCAACCACUACCAAAACCAUCUAUCCAACCUGCACUUGCUCCAGCUACCCAGAAAGCCCCUCCAACCACGCCAGCCGGAUCCCGAAUCACACCGGCUCAUCCGUCGCAAAUCGCACCCCGAGCCAAUCCUGUCCAACCUGCGCCCAUUGUUACGGGUAAACCUGGCCCGUUGGCACCGGCGCUCCAGCGGACCCCCGCUCAGCCAAGUUUCCAGCAGUGGCAACUGGAUCCUUCUCCUCACUCACCCUACCCUGCUGUCUCCCCAGGUGCUGCUACACAUCAAGCAGCUCAGGCAACUGCAAAGCGACCAGUUCCGCCACUUUCCGCCAACCCGCCUUUGCCAACGCCACCAGCACAGACUCCUCUCCAACCUAUUGUGCCACAAACACCCAGCGCUAUCCCAUCUACAGCUCACACGCCUGUCCCGAUUGGCCGCCCGCGUGUUUCUCAAACCCCGAGUGCUACAUUCCCCUCUUUCUCCGAAUCGCGCGGCUCAUAUCCACGCCUGUCAAUCGACACACAAGGUUCCUCCACACCAUGGAAGAGAACUCCUCGCCUGAGGGUCUCGGCCUCUCCAACCUCGCCGCCACGGCCACGGCCUGAGGACGUCAGUCCUAUCAGUGAACGAAGCGAAUCACCCAUUGAUGUGAUGGAAAUGUCACCUCCUCCGAGAAUCAACCUAGGCCAACGAGCUCCAUCUACAGAAGACAAGAAACCACGACGCGGCCGGGCUGACACUAAAACCACCCCCAUCAUCAAGACCGAGAAACCAGCUUCAGUUCGGAGGACGCGUGCCAUAAGUUCGGCUUCUUCCCGGAGUCGCGGGCGAUCUAUGGCUUCACGUGAUGGGUCUGUUGCGCCAUCGGAAGACACUGUACGCGAAUCCCGAGCAACGGGCCGCCGAAAGGGUGCAGCUGCUACCGCCGACGAAGAGACUCCCAAACCGCGGAUAAAACGUAAACGCGGCGCAAGCGAAGCAUUGGAAAUUGAACCACACCCUGCUGAUAUCCCGCGAUUCGACACAACUCAAUAUGUCAUGGCUACGCGCAAUUUCCACCGGACUGCGGCGCCGAUUAUGAACGAUGUAGCCACUCACAAGCUUGCGUCCAUAUUUGCCAAGCCAAUCAGUGAGCGUGACGCCCCGGGCUACCACGAUCUCAUCUAUCGUCCAUCUGACCUCAAGUCAAUCAAGUCUGCCAUCCACCAGGGUAGCAAAGCCGUCGCCACCGCAGGAGACUCAGCCAGCACACCAGCUGGAGAUGGAGAGUCUCCCGUUCCUGGUGGCACACCCUCCUCCAAAGGCGGCAUCCUCAUGCUACAGAAGAGUGAGGACUUCGUACCUCCCAAGGGAAUUGUGAACUCCGCCCAACUGGAGAAAGAGUUGAUUCGCAUGUUCGCAAACGCUAUCAUGUUCAAUCCAAUUCCUCAGCGAGGAUUCGGACCCGCCUUCCCUAUGUCAAGCGACCGUGGUUCGCGUGAGAGUACUCAACUAGGUGAUUCUGACGAGGGCGGUAUCAUCCAGGAUUCGAUGGAGAUGUUUGAGGAUGUUCAGCAGGCUGUUACUCGAUGGCGGGCUGCUGAACGCACUGCUGAUGAAUUGGCUAAUAAGAAUGUCCUCUCUCUUCGACGUGGGAGUGCCAGUGAUUUCAACACUGACAGUACUGAUGAUGUGAAAGGGUGA